GGAUCCAGAGGGAGGGCUUAUGUCCUAUCACAGAGAGAGGAGGCCAAGCUGUGGCUGAAAAGCGGAAAGAAAAUGGCGGCCGUGGCUGCGGAGCCAGGAGCCUCUGCGGCAUUAACCACAACAGCGGGGGACGGAGCAGAGCUGGAGCCGGAGAUAGAGCAGCCAGUCGCGGCGGAGGCCAAACUCGAGGCCGAGGCUACAAAGGAGUUCUCUCCAGUGAUGGACCUUGUGCACCUACCCAAGAAUGGAGAAGCACCUCAGGGAUGCGAUCUUGUGCACGCCGAAUCACGGCGCACACCCGGCCCAGACACGGCGGGAAAUGCGUUGUUUGAUUUCGGCGAAAGCGAACACAUCCUCGCGGCUAACCGCAGGGGAAGUGAGCCGACCGACCACGAGUCGGAGACCGGGGCUCCGCGAGACCUCGGGUACGCGGCGGGCAGCACGAACACAGCAAUGCCUCCUACUGUGGAUGCUGCAAACGAGGUCCACUCUUGCGUCGUUGCUGCCUGUCUUGGACCCGCUUUUAGCUCCGAGUCAGCGGCAGGAGCUUCCCACAUUUGGGAAUCUGUUCCGAAUAAUAUGCUGACUGAGACGGAACUUGCAGCCCCCUUACCCGCUUUAGCAGGGCUGGUGGUACCUGCUGCGGAGUAUACCCUUCCCACGGAACCGGACCUGGUUCAACCGACCAGGUUGCAGUGCGAGAGCCCAGCGAUAAUAAAAGCAUCAGCUGAAACUGGACAGGCACUUGAAUCGGGCGAUGCUGCUCCCCUUUGUGGAACUUCUCUGCCUGAGCCCGCGGAGGACGUGGUUCCGAAAUGUCCCGGGACCAUUCAGCACAGUGCGGUUGUCCCCGUUGUAGAAGACCACCAUUUUUUAAGAAACGAGGAGGACGAAAUUAUAAGCGUGGACUUUACAGAACUUCGCACGACAGCAGACCGCGUCCCGACUACUUCGGAACCGGAGGGUUUGCUCGCACGAGAUGGGAUGUACAGCAACGCCGACGGAACCGAAUCCGAACUGAAACCUGCUGUGACAGGUGUAGAUGAUGCCGGACUGUGCCCCGAAUCAAUCGCCCAACUCAUCCCCGGGUCGGAGGUUCGAGUCGCACUAGAUCACAUAAUCGAUGAUGCGCUCGUGGUCUCGUUUCGGCUUGGCGAGAGGAUCUUUUCCGGGGUUCUGAUGGACCUCUCUAAAAGGUUUGGACCCUAUGGGAUUCCCGUCACUGUUUACCCCAAGCGAGAGUCCCGGGACAAGCCCGAAUCUAUGCAGCCGAAGACGGAGUCGCUCCCCAGCGAGCCGGAGAGGGAGGGGUCGCGGGACGUCUCCGAGGCCUCUGCCAACGAGCCCCCCCAGGCCCCCGCAGCUUCCGGCCCGGCCCCCAACCAGCGGACCUCAAAGCCCCCUCCCCUGUUUCAGGAAGGCGCCCCGUACCCGCCGCCGUUGUUUAUCAGGGACACAUACAGCCAGUCGAUACCUCAGCCGCCACCCCGCAGGAUCAAGCGGCCCAAGCGCAAGCUGUACCGGGAGGAGCCCACGUCCAUCAUGAGCGCCAUCAGGCUGCGGCCGCGCCAGGUGCUCUGCGACAAGUGCAAGGGCGCCGUGGCGACGGGCGACAAGCGGGAGCUGCGCAAGGGGCCCGCGUCCGAUUGCCGCGGCGACGAGGCCAAGCGGCGGCGCGGCGAGAGCGCGGCGGCCGUCGCCAAGCGACCCCGCGCAGAGGAGAGGGGCCGAGCUGCCGGCGACGGGGCCCGGAGGCCGACGCCAUUGGUCAGGGUGGCCGCGUUGGGCCAGGCGAAGGGCGGCGGCGUCGGCAACAGCGCGGUCAAAGCGGCGACGGCGGCCGCCGCCUCCUCACCGGCCGGCGGCGGCUCCAGAGUCCCGCCGCACGCCAAAAAGGUGCUGCAGAGUAAAAACGUGGACCACUCCGAAACGGGCGAGCCCGUGAAGAGGAGAGCGCGGGACCGGGACCGGCGCGGCGACAAGGGCGGCAAGAUCACGGGCAGGGCUCCCUCCACCCGGGCCUCCUGCCCCAGGGAUGCCCACCAGAAGGUCCACUUCACCCGCCGACGGCACCAGCUCAGCGGGGGCGGGAGAGCCCACGCCAACCCUCUCCCGCCAAGGAUCCGCAUCAAGCCCCAGCGGUACCGCAACGAGGAGAACGACGACUCCUCCUGCAAGCCGCUGCCGGGCUUCGACAAAGCGCCAGGGAGCGGAAGCCGGAGUCCGCCCAAGCUGGCCCCGCCCAGCUGUACCUCCACGCGUUCCUUCUCCUCCUCCUCCUCUUCCUUUUCAGGUGAGCCCACUGCUGCCACGGAAAACCAGGGCUCCACCCAAGAGUUCGGACCUCAAAACGAGCUCAGACUCCAGCCCCAGCCCCACUCCCAGCCUCACCCUAAUAUGGAGGCUGCCCCUCAACCCCUGCCAGAUAGGGUGGGGGAGGAGCCUGAGGUGCCAGGUGGUCGAGACGAGUCGCAGGAGAAGCCUGGGGCCAAAGCCGCCAACAUCACAGUUUACAUGACCCUCAACCCCAGUAAGCUGGACUCUUCCAACGUCUCUGUGUGUAGCGUGGACAGCACAGACGACCUUAAGUCCUCCAACUCUGAGUGCAGCUCCACUGAGACCUUUGACUUCCCCCCUCCUGGGGCACUACACUCCCCCCCUGCCCCCAGCACGUCCUCGGUAGUCACCACUUCCUCUACCUCUUGUUCUGCCUCCUCCUCCUCCUCCUCUUCUUCCUCAUGCUCCUCCUCCUUGUCAUCCUCUUCCUCGUCUGCUCCCAAGGAGGAAAAGAAGCCUAGUAAAUCUCUGAAAGCUGCAGUCUUUUCCAAAAACGUCUCCAAGUGCGUCACCACAGACGGCAGGACCAUAUGCGUGGGGGACAUCGUCUGGGCCAAAAUCUACGGCUUCCCCUGGUGGCCGGCCCGCAUCCUGCUCAUCACCGUGAGCCGCAAGGAUAACGGGCUCCUGGUCAGGCAGGAGGCGCGGAUCUCCUGGUUCGGCUCGCCCACCACCUCCUUCCUGGCCCUCUCGCAGGUCACGCCCUUCCUGGAGAACUUUCAGCUGCGCUUCGACAAGAAGAGGAAGGGCCUGUACCGCAAGGCCAUCACAGAGGCCGCCAAAGCCGCCAAGCAGCUCACCCCGGAGGUGCGAGCCCUGCUCACGCAGUUCGAGACGUGAACGGCAGGGACCGAUAGGUUAGGAUAAAGACGUGCACCCUGCCCCGCCCUUCAGCCAACCAACCAACCAAUACAACCCAACCCAACCAAGGAACCCAACUGUCCUAUCCAACCAAGUCAGCCUAAACCAGCACCUCCCGAGAAUCCCAAAGGAACAAACCGCCGGCUUGCUGAACUUAAACCUUCGACGGCUGGUGGAGGAAGCGAAAGAGGAGGUCGGUGGGGUGAAGGGCGUCAGUGUGACAGGGGCUCUGAUGAAUCGUGAGGGGAACGCCACGGGGGGGGUUAAGGGAGUGACGUGGAUGGAGAUGGUAUUGACAUAAGUGUUCCCGUAAGUGUUCUCAGUAUCUCACACCCACUUGGGUUUGAUUGAUUUGAUGUCCUCUCAUACUUGACGAGUCUUGACGUUAAUGGAGACGGGAGGGGCUCUGACAAGGCUCAGCACUGUCAGUCCACUCACUGGGUAGAGAUCUUCCAUCCAUUCCUCCCUGGGUCUGCGGCAGGGCAAGCGAAGGUGUGCUGUCUCCUGUCCUGCCAUCAGCCCUGUGCGCUCGCUGACCCUGAAACGGCUUCCGCUCUUCCUCAGAAUGGCAGUGCUCUGGAACAGGCUCUGUUUAACCUUUUGAAGAGUAGGCCUUUUGGAAUGUCUCCCCCCCCUCCCCUCCUCCAAAGUUCUACGUCAGUGUUCUGGAACUCCAUUGCUUUCACCUACCAGUAGUGAUUGUGACAUCAGCUUUAGAAUGUUCAGUUUAGAACAUUUUAAUCACACAUUAGUGAUCUUUCACCUUGAAGGGUUAGCUGGUCUCAGACAAGCCGUUAAGCGGGUGGAGGGCACACCAGAGUGUUUGUUAAUUUCCAAGGAGGAAGGGGCUAGUCGAAUUCGGGGUCACGUGGUACUGUACAUGUGGUGCACCUGGGAGAGGUCUGGUUGCUACAUGAGUGAGUUCUUUCCCGUCGAAAGGGACAGUGGUCCCUUUCGUCCAGUGUACUGUUUCCGUGGUAACCUGAUGAGGGCAAAGCCAGGUGGUGUUUGGCCUGCAUGUUUUCCAUAAUCUUUGUAAGACGGUGCAACUACUUUUAUUAUGUUAAUUCCCCGGAUUAAGGGAAGCGACUGGGUUACAGUAUCAGGAUAGUUAAAGGCGAUGGGUUCCAGUUUUCCGAGCGCAGAAUGAAGUGGCCGUUUCUGCGGGUUUUAAUGGGAUGUGUUGUGGGAGGGGCAGAGUGGAAGCACUGCGUGUACCUGCGGCUUACUGGUCCUUCACACCUGCAUGCCACCGUCUCGGUUCGGGGUCCUCUCACGUUACAGAGAGGAUGGUGCCCCGCCCUGCUCUGCCCCGCGCCCUUACCCUGCCCCACCCUUGUACCCCCUUAAUUAUUGACUUGCGAGUGUCCUGGAGUCUGGAUCUCUGUGUUCUCUUGGUCGGCCCAGGCGACACACACGGCUCUUUGUGUCCUGGGUGAAACGGUGUCAGGAUAGGACAGCUUGCCCUCCGCACGUUGUAUAAUGGAGUCGGUAACGGCAGCUGUUGGGUAACCCCCCCCCCACAGUCUAGCAUGGUUUGAUCCUCACCUCCUGAAGAGGUCAGAGCUGAUGUGAUGGAGUCAGAUGCGCUCAAACAUACACCCCCCCCCCUCCCCCCUCAGAAUUUUUAGGACUGAAGGAUUUUUUUGUUGUUGUUCCUUUUCAUCAGCUGUUCUGGAUUUGCGUUGUCAACACUUGUUACCUUUCUGAAACGCCAUCUCCGUUUCCCUCCAGAUGGGUGGGUGGGGCUUUGGGUGUGACUGGUUAUUUGGACUGAGACUGAGAUGGAGGAGUGACGGAGUGGGGGGGUGUGUGGGUACCUGGGUGUAUCAUAUCCCGACUGCCCUUGAGGACAGGACUAUGUGAGGCUAAGCGGGUAGCGUGGGAGCCCUGCGUGUCCUGGUAGGUUUGGGUAGGAGGAGGACUGGGCUGGCCAGGAGAGGCGUCCGCUCAUUGGUCGUGAGGCCUUACACGGAUGGAAGGCCGUGGCUGCUGGGUAAUGUGAUCCAAGGGCUGUCUGGUGGAUGAGUCUAUGUGCUCGCCGUUAAGUGUCUGUUAGCAGUGAAAUUGGAUUAGCUGAGUGAGAGGCAGAGAGGGAUAAAAAAAUGGUGGGAGGGAGGAAAGGCAGCUGCGAGUUCCAGCAUUGGCAAGAACGGUUUGCCUCUCCUUGCCUCAGCCAAGCACGGGGAAGGGACUGCGCGUGUCGAUGGCAAAGAGCGUUUAUUGUGCUGUGUCGUUGUUGCUGUAGUCUUUGUGUAGUGAUGAGUGUGGAGGCUCGAGGUGAAAGAAGGCCUUGAUUUUGGGCGUGUCACCCACACAGCUGCCGUGUGCUUCUCUUUCAUUUCCGAGGGUAGGCCAACUCGUGCCCCCCCGACCCCCCCCCCAGCCAGUAUCUGGCCUCUCUUGCGGUUUCCCUCCCCCCUCUCUCUCUAUCUCUCUCCUCCACUUUGCCUGCGAGCCCAUCUCCUCUCAUCUCUGUCUCUUUCUAUCUCUCAACUUCCUUUUUAAAAAAAAUCUCAUCUCUCAGCAGGAUGUCGGCCUGCCAAGCAUUUCUCCCUCUACUCUCUGUCCCCAUCCCCCCACCCUUUUGCUCUCUCUUUCUCUCCCCCUCAGUCUCUCUCUGAUGUUUUUGUGGCCUUGUGGAGUGGCAGACAUCUUGGGCUAUCCUUGUCGGGUGCAGCCAUUUCUGGGUGGGGAAAGUAAAGGCUGUCCAUGAGAAAUGCUGGUGAUGAAUUUCAAACUGAGCUGUCACUUCACUCCUGUCGAGUCUCGUCUGCUGUAGGACUGAAACGAGAGAAUGUGCCCGGCGUCGUUCGGUCCGGUGGAAGUUUCCGGAAGGGGUCAGCGCUCCCGUGACACGGCGGGACGGGCGCGCAAGCUGCAGAACCUUUAAAGAGGCGCGCUCGUAGCACGCGGGACGGGAGGCGCCCCCUUCCUGAGCAAGUGGGACACGCCACACUUCAGGAAUCAAGUUCGUUUUUUUGUUUUCUUCUCACAUUUGUAUAAAGAAAUAAAGAAAACUAAAAAAAGAAGAAAAAAAAAGUAAAUUACCUGAAAAGAGUUGGUGCUUGCCUUUGAGAAAAGACUGAAACUCAGGACUCCUGUUGUUGCCAGGGGGAGCUGAAGAAGUGUCCUGAAGCUCCUUUGAGAGUUAAUGUGAACGCCGUUAUGGCAUUUACAGUUCUUUUAAUCCAGUUGCACCAUUUUGUACCUACAGCACAACGAGCUGUACCCCGUUCACUGAGCAUUCACUUCACAUACCGAUUUAUUUCUCCGUUUCUCAUUGGAUUGGAUUUCAUAGCGAACAUUUUAAUUAUUAAUGCUCAUAGAUCUUAGUCUGUGCUGUUACCGGAGUUCACUUUAUACUUUCGGAUAUUUCUGCCAACGAGCAAGUGAGGUAUAACACGAUUAGUAAUCACAUUUUAUGUCUCAUGUCUGUCAGAUCUGUGCAUUGAGUGUGUGUGUGUGUGUGUGUGUGUGUGUGUAUACAGUGUGAUCCCAAAUGCUGCGAGUUAAAUUUUGAAGUAUGAAAACUUGGGUUUUAUUGAAAGAAUGAUGUCUUGUUAUAAGGACAAACCCAUGAGUUUGUUUGAAUGCUGUUUGUGUGUUUAUUCAGUGGUAUCUGUUUAUGUUUCUUGUGGGGGGAGGGGGGGUAAUUUACGAUGUGUUAAAUCAGUUCUCUGACUCGCGUUCUUUAUUUCACUAAGAAGACGCUCUACCAAAUGAUGGCAUAUUUAUUUUGUAUUUGACUGAAGAUGUUUUAUUUAAACAUCGUUGUAAAGCAGUAUGGUUUUUUGUUGUUUUGUGUCUGGUCUUUUUCUUUAAUUUCAGUGAUUCAAAAACUUGAGAUACUGAAGCAUUACAUACAUUUAUUAAUGUCUUUUUAAAAUGUAUUUUAUUUUUUAUUUAAAUUUUUGUUGCCUGGAGCUAUAAAGGGACCUGCUUUGACCCAAUACCCCCCUGCACUUUAGGUCUGGAACUCACAAGCCCCAAUUCCCCUGCCCCCCCCCCUCCAAAUUCUUCCCUUCUGUUCUGUGUCCACGCACCAGACUUGAAAGCGGUGGCUUUUUGGCAUACAAAAUGGACGUCUUCAUGGUAGAACACACUGAUUUCUGACUCUUGUUAACCCGCAGGGGUUAAACACAUUUUAUAAUGGUGGCUGGCUUUAUUUUACUCUCUCAUGUUUGACUUACAUGCUGUUCCUUUGCAGAUCAGAGAAUGCUGUACAGGCGAUAGAAAGAAAGGAAGAAAAAAAAAACACAUUGGGGUGAAAAAAAUACAUUUUGUGUAAAUGUUUUUUCUGAUGUAUAAAGAUUGUGUAAAUAAAACGUUAACUAAAA